UCCACUUAAUAAAAUAAAAAUAAAACCCCCCUCCCCUGCUAUCUAGGGUUUCGAAUUUAAGCAGAUAAAAAUCUCUAAAACCCCCAAAUUUCAACUCUCAAUUUCCUUCAAAUCCUCACACAAAGCGUUCUCAAAUCCUUCAAUCGGUUCGCAACUGUGUGCGCGUAAUCCAAACGCAGGUAAAUCCACCUCCAAUUUCAUCAAUUAAUUAAUUUGUCACCAAUCGUUCUUCAAAUCGAGCAGUUUGUAGUUUCUGUUCGAUUUUAGGUUAAAGUUUGUUGCUUUAGUUAGAAUUCAUGGGGAAAUCUGGUGGUAGGAAGAAGAAGAGUGGGGGUGGGGGUAGUCAAAAUCAAAGUCAAAACCCUAGUCAAACUGGUGGUCAUGUGUCUGGAGUAAACCCUAAACCUGUAUCAACUAUGGCUAAUGGUGGUGGUGUUGGUGUUGAUUUGGAUUCAACUGUUUUCUUGAAGAGGGCUAAUGAGCUUAAAGAAGAGGGGAAUAAGAGGUUUCAGGCUCGGGAUUUUGUCGGUGCGCUUGAACAGUAUGAGAAUGCGCUUAAACUUACUCCUAAAAACCACCCGGACCGAGCGAUUUACCAUAGUAACCGGGCUGCUUGUUUGAUGCAAAUGAAGCCCAUUGAUUACAAGAUGGUGGUGUCUGAGUGCUCGAUGGCGCUUCAGGUCCAGCCUGGGUAUGUGCGUGCGUUAUUGCGUAGGGCGCGGGCUUUCGAGGCGGUGGGGAAGUAUGAAAUGGCUAUGUUGGAUGUGCAGACACUGUUGGCUGCUGACCCGAGUCAUCGAGAUGCUUUGGAGAUAGCUCGGAGGUUACGCGGUCCAAUCAUUGGGGCCCGUCAGGAGGCACAACAGGAUCUUCAGAGUCGCCCUUCGCCUGCGGCUUUAGGGGCUUCUGCUAUCCGUGGGGCUCCCAUUGCUGGGCUUGGACCUUGUUUGCCGGCUCGUCCUGUUCCGAAGAAAACCGGGCCUUCUGGUUCGGUUGGUGUUGGUAAUAAUAAGGUAGAUAAGACGUAUCCGGUCCCACCUGUUGAAGUUGACCCGGAGGUUAAAACCACUCAAAUGCCAAAGCUUGUUUUGAAGCCUUCCAGUGGUUCUAAUAAAUCUAGUGCUAAUGGUGAUAAGGAUAAGCAGAAUGAAAAGACCAUAUCUUUGAAACCGCCUGCUACAGAGGUUGCGAUUCAGUGGAGAUCUUUGAAACUUGUGUAUGAUCAUGACAUACGUCUUGCGCAAAUGCCAGUGAACUGCAGCUUUAAAGUGUUGAGAGAGAUUGUUAGCAAAAGGUUUCCGUCUUCUAAUUCGGUCCUGAUUAAAUACAAGGAUGAUGAUGGGGAUUUAGUAACUAUAACCUGUACCCAUGAGCUCAGAUUGGCUGAAUCCAUUGCAGAUGGACCCGUUCUUCCAGAUAAAGAAGCCGAUAUUGAGAAAUCUGACCUAUACGGGAUGCUGAAAUUGCAUGUUGUUGAGGUUAGUCCAGAGCAAGAGCCACCAUUGUUAGAAGAAGUAGAGGUAGAAGAAGAGAAACCCGUUGAGAUCGAGCCGGUUGAAGUAGACAAUAGUGGGUCCCAAUCUAAUCCCGAGACUGAUCAAAAGACCGAAAAAGAAGCCGAUAAACCAGCUUCAUCUGAAGAUCCCGAGUUGAAAGAAGUGGAAAUGGAUGACUGGCUGUUUGAAUUUGCUCAGCUGUUCCGUACACAUGUCGGGAUUGACCCCGACGCGCAUAUCGAUUUACACGAGCUUGGAAUGGAAAUGUGCUCUGAAGCCCUUGAAGAAACCGUUACUAGUGAAGAAGCUCAAGUUCUAUUUGACAAAGCUGCUUCAAAGUUCCAGGAAGUGGCGGCUUUGGCUUUCUUCAACUGGGGAAAUGUCCACAUGUGUGCGGCACGUAAACGGAUCCCGAUAGACGACUCGGGUGAUCAAGAAAUGGUUGCGACUCGGCUUCAAGCGGCAUACGAUUGGGUGAAAGAGAAAUACACGUUAGCAAGAGAGAAGUACGAAGAAGCAUUAUCAAUAAAGCCCGACUUUUACGAAGGGUUACUCGCAUUAGGCCAACAGCAGUUCGAAAUGGCGAAACUUUAUUGGUCGUUUGUUGUUGCCAAGAAAGAUGAUCUGUCAAAGUGGGACCCGACAGAAACGAUUCAGCUUUUCGACAGUGCUGAAGAAAAGAUGAAAUCCGCAACAGAAAUGUGGGAAAAACUUGAGGAACAAAGAGCUAAAGAAGCUAAAGAUCCAAAUGUCAGCAAGAAAGAAGAACAAUUGAAGAAAAAGUCAAAGGUCAACGAAGUUUCAGGGGAUGAAGCAGCAGAACAAGCAGCUGUUAUGAAAUCUCAGAUACAUCUUUUCUGGGGUAAUAUGCUUUUCGAAAGAUCUCAAGUUGAGUGUAAGUUGGGUUUGACCGGAUGGGAAAAGAACCUGGACACAGCGGUUGAGCGGUUCAAGCUUGCGGGUGCGUCAGAGGUUGACAUUGCAACGGUUUUGAAGAACCAUUGUUCUAAUGCAGAAGCGGUUGAAGGCGGGGACAAAAAGGUACAAGAUUCAACUUAAGGUUUGAUGAACAAAGACGAUGAUGAUCGCGAACAAUCUUGAAAGGUUAUGUUUUUUUUUCUUUUUUUUUUUCUGCAAUGGAAUAUUGUGUUUGUGUUUUUAGAUUUGAGGAAGGGUUUGUUAAAGAACAAUUUGGUGCCAAACUUAAUUUAUUGUUUGGAUCAUGAGUUUUAUGUGAUGCCAACUUUUAUUUAAGAUAAUACUUCUUUUAGUGA